AUGUUCGCAAGGCCGUAUGUCUGCGCCGUGUGUUCCCGGCCACCGACCGUCAGGCUCCUCAAACAGCCGCGGAGCCAGUAUCUUCACGCCUCACCGCCAUUGAGCUCGCCUCGCCGCAAGGAUUUCUUCUCCUCCAACGCCUACCUUAGCCAGAAACAGGCCCGGAAUGGUGAUGCGACAGAGGAGCCGCUUUUAGAAGGCCAGAAGCAACGGAAACGGAGUAGUCGGUCGCCGGCAGCAACGACGUCGCUCCGGCGAGUCGCGGUGGAGGCACAAAGAUCCAAGGAUGGCAUCGUGUCCAAAGCCCAGCUCCGAGAGCGGGGGAUCUUUCAGACCAAGACCAUAACAGCAUAUGCGGUAGCCGAACAAUUCGAUAUUCGCCAAGUCAGAGAGAUCUUGCAGGAAAAGGGCUACGAACCGGACCCUUAUGAGACGGACUUGUACCCCCAGGUCGUCCACGUUCAAGUUCCUCUCGACUCGAUCCGUCGCGUGAGCAACCCGAAUACCACAGAUCUGGCCCCGAACGAAGUUGGCGAUGUGUUCGUCUUUCCGUCCGGUACCGUUGUCGCCUGGUCACUCCCAGAGGGGUUUACCUCCUUCCUAGCGACUAGAACAUUGCUGCCUGCGGCUCGGGGAGCGCAUCUUGAUGACCUGGAGACGGAAGACCUCGAGUUCGUGGAAGAUCCCCAGCGGGAGAACAGCAGCAUCAAAGGCGACACCAUCAUCCUCGGGACCAAGCCCGGCAAUGACAUCCUUGACCCACACACAGCAGCACGGCAACCUGUCGACACGGUCCUGACAAAGGUAGCUUUUUCGUCAGGACUGGCUCGGAGCACGAAGCUGGCUGUCCUGGAGUCCCUAUUAUCAAACUAUUUCGAGUCUACUAGGACAAUCCCCACGCUCUUAUCGAAGGGCUCUCGUCUCCCCUUCACGAGGGACUUCAUACUUCGCAAGACGGGGCAGCUGCUUAGUGUGCGUGCACAGCUCAAUCUUUACUCGGAGCUCACGGAUUCUCUACCCGACAUCUUCUGGGAUAGCCGACAUGAGCUUGGACUGGAAGGAUACUACGAACAAGUUGGAAGGGCGCUCGAUGUCGGGAUCCGCAUCAAGCUCCUGAACGAGAAAAUGGACUACGCACAGGAGAUUGCCAGCGUUCUUCGGGAAAGGCUGAGCGAAACGCAUGGGCUCCGACUGGAGUGGAUCAUCAUCUUGCUCAUUGCGGUCGAGGUGGGCUUUGAGGUUCUGCGACUCUGGAAGGAGCGCAUUCACGAACAAGAGAUACAGAGCCAGAAGGACGAUGAGCGGUAAAGUUGGAUUGAGCAGCCUCAAUCUCCACUCAUGUAUAUAGAUAGUUAUGACUUCGAUAAUUGAUAC